GAGACGAAAAAGAAAAGCGGGAUGAGGAAAAGAUGAGACAGCUCUGGGUCUCAUAUAACUUAGCGACUAUGCCUUCGACACUCCCCGUCGUCAUUAUCACCACACUCAACCGUGUCGUCGCGGCGGCACAUCGGCCAUCGCAUGCGCUCUACACUAUCUGGCAGUUGUAUCGUUUCGAGACGGCGGGCUGCGUUUGUGUGUGUGACUGGUGAAUUGCGAGUUUGAACCAUCUCCAUGCUGUUAGCAAGAGCUCCCGCCCAGUUACGUCCACUCUAUCAAUAAUUCGCGCACGCCCAACGUGCUCCGCAGCACCGACGUUGAAUAUCACACACGAGCUGCCAGCUGAUUUGCCUUGAAGCCGUCUAUAGUGAUCGGUCCGUGACAUGACUAUUGUGUCAAACGCUCCCUCAGCAGACCGAUGUCGAUGGACACGAUUAAGCGUCCGGCCCCAGACGUGAUCAGCACUGAUCGCUUGAAACGAGGCCGGCUCGAUCAGGAGCAGCUCUCGUGUGGUGUCAGGAACCAAAAAGACGAAGCAAACUGCUUCCUCCAGCAUAUUGUGGGAUGCUUGUCAAAUGGGCGUAUGCCGGUUGGGCCCUCUACUGAGCCAAAGGCUCAUACUGGACAUCGAAUUUCGGCCACCCGCCUUCCUCAGAAUAGUCAAGGUGACGCCAAGGCAAAACGAAGGUAUAGCUUAGGUCCUGAUUGUCAGAUGUCACGGGUGGGAGUGGACGGCCGCACGCCAGCGCUGGACACGCACACGCACAGCUACGACAAAUCGAGGGACAAAAGCCCGUUCCGUAAUCGCGACUGCAACGCGAAAUCAGGCUCGCCCAUGGACAUAACAAAAGCAGAAACGACAGGCAUUUCAUUCACUGCAACUUCUAAACAAGCGAUGAGGUCAAGAGCCUCGACCAUGCAACCGUCGCUUGACUCUCCCACAAACAGUGCAGAAACGCACGCAACUAUUCAAUCGCCAUGUACAUCGUCUGCCCCAAACGGGCCAGCAGUUGCGGACGAGGCAAGCUCGCCGACUCCGGAUCAACGAGCUGCGUCAUUCUUAAGUAAUCUAGCAGCAUUGAUGGAAGCGUCAUAUCAUCACGCACACGAGUCUGCAGUGCUGGAGAAGCUAAGGGCAAGGCAAAAGGCUCGCUUGAGGUUCUUUGAUGAGGUUUCGUCGAAAGCUCAUGAGAAUGAGAUUAAGAAUCAGGAGCGCGCUGUUCAAAAGGCAGAAGAACAAGUUUGUGAAAAUGUACGACCGCUUUUCAACCUCGUCAAGGAUCUCUUCAUUGCACAGCCCAGUCCCAACUGUAUCACAUCGGAAAAAGAUAUACGUGAAUUGAAAGACGAAAUCUCACUCUUGAAUCAGCGGGAAAAAGAACACCAGGCAUGUAUUGAACGCCUCAGCACGCGCAACCAGGAAUUGGAAGCAUCGAUGAAGGACGUCACAAGUACUCUGAAGGAUCACCUUCGACGCUUCGAGCAACUUAGCGCAGAGGAUGAGGCGCUUCGGAAACAGAUUAAGGAAGCCGAAAGGAGAGCAGCCGAGGCUCAAUCUGGUGUAGAGAAAGAGGCAGAACAAAGAAAUCAGGUUCUGAACAGUCUAAACCAGUCAAUGGCACCCAUGAUUGGGAACAAUGUCGAGUUUGAUAAGCUUGUCAAAAAUGUGGCUGCUCUCUUUCAUGAGACUCGCGCCGUAACCCUCAGAUUAAAUGAGGUCAAAAGUGAAAUAGAUAAGUCCGUGAGAGAGUGGAAGGAUUCCUUGAACCAAGAAAUAAGGACGAUCAUCGACGAUACGAAAGCACUUGGUUUAACUUGCAAGGUGGGCUACAGGACCCUGGAAAGUAAAUUAGAGCUCGGCAUCAAGACGAACAAGACUAUUGUCGACGCGGUGCAGGCCAGAUGCGACAAAUUGAGCUCUACCCUUAAUGAUGUUCAAAAUAACACCCGUGCAGAUUAUGAGGAGCUUAUUGCGCAGAAUGCAAAGAGCCUGGAGGUUAAUGCGCUCAAGGAGAGGCUGGACGAAGUGCUGCAUGACAUAAACAUGGUCAAAACUCUGAAUAGGGAAGGAUUUAACAAUGGGAAAGAGAAGCAUUCGAGUCUUAUGGAUAGACAGGAUGCUAUCAUGAAGAGGAUGGGCAAGCAUGAAGCUGAACUUGACCGUUUCGAGGGAGCUUUAAGCAAGGUUGAAGAGGUGCAAAGGGACGUCGAAGAGAAAGUAUGUGAUAUGAAAACAUGGUGGAUUGAUGUGCAAGCUUUGAGAAGACUGGUAGAGGGAAUGUCGGAUCAGUUGACGAUAUCACUUGCCGAUAUUGAAUAUCUUAAGAAGCAUGUUGAGGAACUACUAAACGAUGUGAAGCCACCGCCAGAGGACGUGGCGAACCCUUCUAACAUAGCAGGUCAAACACCGCACAAAGCAACUAUGUUUGAGCGUGUCAAGCUACUCGAGCUGCAAGAACGGUACCGACAUGACACCGAAUAUGACAUGCUCAAACACGGGCACACUCCUGCAGCCCUCGGCAUGCGUCUUAGAGCCUUGGAAGAAACAAACCAGAAUACUAUGCGAUGUCUUGCCUUUUUAGAAAGUUCUACAAGCAUGCUACGCAACAAUGUUGACGCUUUGCAAUCUGGCCCUAAAUCUGUACCCGGUGAGGCAUUGCUGAAAGUGAACUGCGACAUAAAUCACUUGCAAGCACAGAUACAAAAGCUUCAGGAAACUGAUCUCGCCGAGCUACGCCAACAUCUCGAUAAGGUGGUUCGUGUCCAAAGUGGAGCAAUACAGAGUUUGGAAAACAGGAUUCAGAUCAUCAAUUCGGCCCCAUUGGCCAAACAGAUACUCGAUCAGCUGAGUCCGAAGGUGCUUGCAGCCAGAGAACCGAAGCUGCAAUCUCUGGAAGCCGCAUUAAACGACACGAGAAAGCAAAUGGGGUCGUUCUUGACCCAGCUUGCAACCUUGAAGCAGGCCAUGCGAAGUAUGGGCUCUAAAGUUGAGGUUAGACAUAAGUGCGGCGCAGCAAAUGACACAACUCCUGAGAGCACCUCAGAGUUGGAAAUAAGAUUAGACUCACACGUAGAAGCUACGGAGCAAAGGUUCACACAGAUAUAUGAUCAUUACAUACUUCCCCUUGAAAUGAGGCUGAGUGACGAGGUCGCAAAUCUGGAGAAGAAGAUUGCAGACACAGGUAACAUGGAUACAGUCUGCGGGCUGGAACAACAUACCAAGCAACUGAAGGAGGAUGUGCUCAAAUUAGGCUUGCAGGUGGCCACGUUUGAAGGCAAACUCCAGCGCGUGCAAUCCUACCUUCCUUUGGUUCACCUUAAUGACCUGAAUCUGGGUACCAGAACGAUAGGGAUGCCGAGAGAUGCUGACAACGGAUCUUCUUCGCACAGUGCUUCAUCAAACGUCCUUGGAAUUUUGCGAGCAACAAACGUUGGAGCGUCUAGCGGUGGGUGCCAGUAGGGAGAGCAGCCCGAACUUACUGAGAAAUCCACCUCUUCACUUGAAAGUUCCAGGGAAAGAAGAGACACAAGUUUAUUGGCUCGAGGAGGAACGGAGGACGGUUGAGGAGCGCAAGUCCUCGCUGAAUGGAUAUUCUCUUCCGCACUCACUUUAAGGUUAUGAACUAAUUGAUCUGGUCAACGUCCUCUCUGUUAUCCCUAUAGUGGAGAUGAAUGGUCGGGACAUGUACAUGCCUACGAACACUAUUCCAGGGCUGUCUACCGGACAGCCCUGUGUGUUUAUAGUGUUGUUACCAAGGCUAAGUCGACGUUGGGAGGGUCGAAAAUGGUGGUAACCUUUUUGCUCUUUAUUGAAGAGAUGUCUUGGGCGUUGAUGUGAACUGAUGCUCUGCCAUUCUGAGCUAAUGCUCAAAGUUCAACACUUAAAAUUUUGCUUGGGACAUGCGAGAGAUGGUAGAGUAUGAAGGCAAAAUUGCUUAGAGGAAAAUCUCGGUUGAUUGCUUUUGUGAAAACAUCUUACAAAAGGUUUACUUUAAAAGAGGAAGUUUAG